AUGGAUCCCCCUAUUAGUGGGAGAAAAUUCACAUGGACUAACGGACAAUCUAAUCCUAUUUGGGUCCGCCUCGACAGAUUUCUUUAUUCUCAUGAUUGGGAUUCCUUAUAUCCCAGAUCUACCCAAUUUGAUCUCCCCAAAUUUGGUUCAGAUCAUUCUCCCAUCUGCCUCAAGUUUGGAACACACUUUAAGCGAUCCCGACUCUUCAAAUUUGAAAAAUUCUGGUAUACCAAUCCUGAUAUCACAAUUCUUGUUCAAGAUUGGUGGUCAGAACUUAAUCCUGUUGGUUGCGGAGCGUUUAUCUUAUCCAAGAAACUUGCUCAUUUAAAAUCCAAUCUCCGCACCUGGUCCAAAAACACCUUUUGCGCUUCCAAGAUCCUAAAAUGUAAUCUCCUGUAUGAAUUACAUUCCAUUGACAUUAUCGGAGAAACCAGACCAUUAUCUGAGGAUGAGUCUAACCGUCUUUCUCAAAUCCGAUCUGAACUCUACACCAUUUUAAAUCAGGAAGAAAUUUACUGGAAGCAACGCUCUAGAAUUACUUGGCUUAGAGAAGGGGACUCCAAUACAAAAUUCUUUCACAACGUCGCUAACAGAAGGAGAAAUAGAAAUCUUAUCCCUCGCAUUCUUCAGGAGGAUCAUUGGAUAACUGGCAACGAGCAUAUCGGUAGAAUCUUCACAAACCACUACCGCUCGACCUUUUGGCACCUCGUUACCAAAUAG